GUGUGUAAAUAGCCCAGAGAUCUGCACAGCAUAAUAGAAAGAACAUGAGCGUUGCGACACGGAACCAUUCAACGCCGGGUAACUGCGCUUACACGGACACGUUUCUCCGACACACUUAUUCACAGACGCAGUGUUUGAAAUGGCCGUUACCCUUCACACAGAUCUAGGAGACAUUAAAAUUGAACUAUUCUGUGAGCGCUCACCGAGAACAUGUGAGAACUUUCUUGCUUUGUGUGCCAGUGGGUUCUACAAUGGCUGCAUCUUCCACAGAAAUAUUAAAGGCUUCAUGGUUCAGACUGGAGAUCCCACAGGCACAGGCAAAGGAGGGACGAGUAUAUGGGGUCGUAAAUUCGAAGACGAGUUCAGUGAGCACUUAAAACAUAAUGUGAGAGGAGUGGUCUCAAUGGCCAAUAAUGGUCCCAACACGAAUGGCUCCCAGUUUUUCUUCACAUAUGCCAAACAGCCUCAUCUGGAUAUGAAGUACACAGUGUUUGGGAAGAUUAUUGAUGGCCUGGAGACACUGGAUGAACUGGAGAAACUGCCCGUCAAUGAAAAGACGUUUCGACCACUGACUGAAACUCGGAUAAAGGACGUGACCAUUCAUGCUAACCCUUUUGCUGGAUAGCCGAAAUGGACAUCAAAUAUACAGAUAGCCUUUUAACAUGACAAGAACUCUGAUGUUUCCAAUAUGCCUGAAUCAUGCACUGUAUAUUGAUACAGUGCAUGGUACCUUGCCAAAGUUAAAAUUAAUAACUUGUUGGAGGCUAGAAAUUGGAGAAAAUCUGACUGAGGCUAUGAAAUGUUCAAUAGUAUUGACAAUUUGAAAAAUAUCUCAGUGUUUUAAUAAAUAAGCACCUCAGUCAUUGUCUGUGAAGCAAUGCCAGAUUUUACAACUGAUCCUGUCUGAUUCCAGCAGUUUGUAACUAAAUCUAUGAUUGCUAAUUUUAAGUUUAAAUUGUUAUUCUCCUUUAAACUCAUGUUGAUAUGUCAGAGCCUUUGUGGGGAAGUUCAUGCUAUUCUUAACCUAUUCAUUUUCACACAUUCACAAUAGACACCAUAAAAAGAAAACAUAUAUGUGGUUUCAUACAGAACUGUUGUACAGAUUUAUUUGUUUUGUUUUGAUUUUUCCAUAAUAGACUGUAAAUAAAUUGCCAAUGUUUUUUUACUGAAUAAAGUUUAAAAAAAACACCUUG